UUCUUGAUAGUGGCAGUGGAUUAUUUCACAAAGUGGGUGGAGGCCGAGCCCUUGGCGAAAAUCACGGAGGAGAAAGUAAUUAAAUUUCUAUACAACAACAUUUGCUGCAGGUUCGGCAUACCCAAAGUAUUGAUUUCCGACAAUAGUACUCAGUUCAACGGCAAGCGGAUUCGAGCGUGGUGUGAAGACAUGAAAAUCGAGCAACACUUUGCUUCUGUUGCUCAUCCGCAAGCCAAUGGCCAGGUCGAAGUAACCAACCGAAUUAUACUGAAUGGGCUAAAAACAAAGCUGGAAAAAGCCUCGGGGGCAUGGGUCGAUGAGUUGAGCUCGGUACUUUGGGCGUAUCGCACAACCCCGAGGUCGACAACAGGAGAAACCCCCUUCAGUUUAGCUUAUGGAAUGGAAGCCUUGCUGCCGGUCGAGGUCGAACUAUCAUCCCAGAGGUCGAGCACAUACAAUACUGAGCAGAACGAGGACCUAAUGAUGGCGGCCUUGGAUACUAUUGAGGAGCUGCGUGGAAGAGCAGCAAUCAGGGUGGAGGCAUACAAGCAAAGGAUGCGAGCCGCUUAUUACAAAAAGGUGAAAAUUCGCAGACUCCAAGUAGGCGACCUGGUUUGGAAACGUGUCGACGUGCUCAAGCAUGUGGGAAAACUAGAACCAAACUGGGAGGGACCAUACUUGGUCGACCGAGUGCAUGUAGCCUCCAGCUCAGCUCGAGCAGCCUCUGCCUGCACCCGAGCAGCCUCCGCUUGUGCUCGAGUAGCCUCCGACUGCACUCAAGCAGCCUCCGACUGCGCUCGAGCCGCCUCUGCUUGGGUUCGAGCAAUCCGCUCUUGCUCGAGCGCAGUCUCCUUCUCCUUUAGCGCGAUUUCUUUUUCGGCCACCGCAACCUCCUUUAUCACGAGAGCGGCUUCUCUCUCCGCGAGAGCCUCAUUCUUCUUUGUGAGUUCUCCGUCAAGGGAUUUAAGCUUGACUUCAAGCUCAGUCUUCUGCUCGGUAUGCGUCUCGCGGAGCUUAGCGUUGUGGUUCAGGAGGGUCGAGUUUUUAUCUUGCAUCACCAACGCUGCCGUGGCUCGCCUCGAGCAGCACCUGGAGGAGGUGUUGCGUGGGUUCCAGCGACAGCAGCAGCAGGAGCCACCACGGGUGAACGCACGCGAGCGUCUAAGGCAACAGGAGCAGCAGCUGGCUGAGCACAACCCCGACGAGGAGGAAGAGUACGAGCAGCGGUCGCAGGCGUCGAGCGUUCAUGAGCGAGCUCGCAUCGAGAAGCCAAGGAUCGCGCUCUCGACGUUCACGGGAACCAACCCCGACGCUUGGCUGAACAGGGCGGUGCAAUUCUUCGAUUUAAAUGAGAUGCCGCAACGUGACUGGGUUCGUUAUGCCGCGUACUAUUUAGGUGGUGAGGCCAACGUGUGGUGGCAGUGGCUCACGCGCGUGUAUCGCGGGCGGCAACAACCAAUCUGUUGGGAAGAUUUUGAACGAGAGCUCCUUACGCGUUUCGGGAACUCAGACUAUCAUAACCACGACGAGGCGCUUACUCGGAUCCGGCAGACAGGGAGUGUACGUGACUACCUAAAAGAGUUCGAGAGGUUGGCGUGCCGGGUUCGCGGGUGGCCGGAAAGCGCGCUUGUUGGCGCGUUUGUUGGAGGGCUUAGGUAUGAUCUCGCGGCUGAAGUGCGAUUGGAGAGGCCGGAGACCAUGCAUAAGGCCAUGGAAGUUGCUAUGAGACGGGAGGAUCACUUGGCCGCGACUCGAAGGGGACAGGCAGAUUUUCGUGUCCCGGAGCCGCGGCGUGUGCCGGCGACCGUGGGCGCACCUAGUGCGAACGCGAGGCCGUCGGGCACAUUUAGACCCCCAGCAACCGAGGUGAAGAGGUUGACGGAGGAGGAUAUGGCGCGGAGACGAGAGAAAGGGCUGUGUUUCCGGUGCGAGGAAAAGUACACGCCGGGACAUCGAUGCAAGCAGAAUUACUUGAUCGAGUUUGUGGACUCGGAUGACGAGGAGCCGGUGAUCGAAGAAGAACGAGAGGUGGAGGUCGAGGUGCUCGAUGAAGAGGCCGAGAUCUCUGUACACGCCAUGGCGGGCACCAAGGGGUUGAGGACGAUGCGUUUGCCUGCGUGGGUAAAGGAUCAGCGAGUGACUGUGCUCGUGGACAAUGGGUCGUCGCACAACUUCAUUAAUGCGACGCUAUCUCACAAGCUUAAACUACCCACGUCCAUGGUCGAGCCGUUCGAGGUGCGAGUGGCUAAUGGAGAGAGACUGCGGUGCUCGAAGGUGUACCGAGGCGUGCCGAUCAAGUUUCAAGGAGUGACGGUGAAGGCGGAUUUGUUCGCCUUACCUUUGGUGGGACCGGAUGUGGUGCUUGGGGUGCAGUGGCUCGAGGGACUAGGAGAUGUGACGACUAAUUACCGGAAG